AAAAAAAAAAAUUAUCUUCAGACAGUAAUAGUCCCUUUUAUUUAACAACUCCACAUUGCAUGGCAAUGGCAUCCUUACAAACAGAUAUAGAGACAAGUGAAAAACAGAGCACUCUGUUUUAUCUAAUGGGCUCUGUUUUCGGUCUCUUGUUUAUGUUUGUGUGUCUUUGGCUUUCCUUGGUGCAUAAAAAUUCAGUCUUUGCAGCUUCAAAGAGCGUAGAUGGUACUGUUUUUAUCAAUGGAAGAGAUUCAAUUGGAGAAACUGACGAGGAUUUUAUCUGUGCUACUUUAGACUGGUGGCCUCCUGAUAAAUGUGACUAUGGAACUUGCAGUUGGGGCAAAGCUUCUUUACUCAAUGUAGAUCUCUCAAACCCAAUAUUGGUAAACGCCGUCAGAGCUUUUUCCCCUCUGAAAAUUAGAAUGGGAGGCACCUUACAAGAUAAAGUCACAUAUGAGACGAAAGGUGAACCAUGUCCUUCAUUUAUCAAGAGUAAUUCAGAUAUGUUUGGCUUCUCGCAAGGCUGCUUGCCUAUGACUCGCUGGGACCAACUCAACUCUUUCUUCAAACAAGCUGGAGCCGCUGUUAUUUUUGGGUUAAAUGCACUAAAGGGUAGGACUAUAGCUUCUAAUGGUUCUGCUGUUGGAGCUUGGGAUCCAAGAAAUGCUGAAUCUCUUAUACGAUACACUGUCAAUAAGGGCUAUAAAAUUCAUGGAUGGGAGCUAGGAAACGAACUGAGUGGAAAUGGAGUUGGAACCAAAGUUGCAGCAGAUCAAUAUGCAUCUGAUGUAAACAGUCUGCAAAAAAUAGUGCAAACUAUUUAUGCAGGUUAUGCAAAUAAGCCACUAGUCCUAGCACCGGGAGGGUUUUUUGAUGCAAAUUGGUUUGCAGAGUUCACACAUAAAACUCCUAAUAAAUCUCUUCAAGUAGUAACCCAACACAUCUAUAACUUAGGCCCAGGUGUUGCUACUGACCUUAUCGACAAGAUUUUAGAUCCUUCCUAUCUCGAUGGAGGUGCUCAGCCAUAUAGCAGUCUUGAAGGGAUUUUGAAGAGUUCAGGUACAGAAGCAGUUGCUUGGGUGGGAGAGGCAGGAGGUGCUUACAACAGUGGACGUAAUCUUGUCACAAACGCCUUUGUUUUCAGUUUCUGGUAUUUGGACCAACUGGGAAUGGCAUCAUCGUAUAAUACAAAAACAUACUGCAGACAGUCAUUGAUUGGUGGAAACUAUGGCCUACUCAAUACCGAUACCUAUGUCCCAAAUCCUGAUUACUACAGCGCUCUUCUUUGGCACCGAUUGAUGGGAAGAAAUGCCUUGUCGACAAGUUUCUCUGGGACAAAUAAAAUACGGGCUUAUGCUCACUGCUCCAAAGCAACUCAAGGUAUCACAUUACUCUUAAUCAAUCUAGACGGCAACAAUACAGUGCAAGUCCGUGUUUCAACUGAAACUGUCGCAGCGAAUGGGAUAAUGCCAGAAUACCAAAAUGGAGGAAGAUCAAAAUUUUCUAGAAUGUCUGGAAGUACUAAAGUUGAUAAACAUACAAGAGAUGAAUAUCAUUUAACAGCCGAGGAUGGCAAUUUACACAGCCAAACAGUGCUUUUGAAUGGUAAAAUACUUGCUUUAAAUUUAUCUGGUGCUAUCCCUCCCUUGGAGCCAAUAAAAGCUAGUCUGUCCAGUCCAAUAACUGUUGCUCCUUUCUCUAUUGUAUUUGCUCGGAUUGCUAAUAUAACAGUUCCUGUCUGCGUAUAAAGUGAGUUCAUCGAGAAACUAUAGCGCUCAUCUACAAAAUCUUCAACCACAUAAUUGUUGUUGUAUAACAGUUAAAUAAUGCAUCAUUAUAUUUUUGUAUCAUUGCAUGGUCACC